ACGAACUGGAAGCAGGAGUGGCAAUACUAUAGAGAGGGCUCUGAGUUGAAUUUGCCUCAGCAAUUCAAUUAGGAGCGUGCAUGUGUUGGAGCGAGGGAGAAGCUGUGAAGGAGGGACAAUUCGCGUCUAUUCGAAGAUGCUUCGAAUAUGUGGAAGCAGAUCAGAGACAGAGAAGAGGGGAAAAUCCGCCCGGAAUCAUUCGUUCAUCGCUUUAAGUCCAAUCGCAUUGCGCAGCUCCAACUUUCCAAUUACAAAGAUAUUGUUUCUCCUCAUAAAGGCGCCGUAAACUCGCUCCAGAUUGAUUUGACAGAGGGAAGAUACUUGUUAUCUGCUGCAUCUGAUGCUUCUAUAGCCAUAUACGAUGUUCAACGGGCCACGGAUUAUGAAGCAGGUGGUCUAAUAUCUAAACACAAGUGCAUAUUUGCUGUUGACAAGCAACACAAUCUUGGGCACAAAUAUGCCAUAUCCUCGGCUAUAUGGUAUCCAGUUGACACCGGUCUAUUCAUUACAGGUUCAUAUGAUCAUCAUAUUAAUGUUUGGGAUACAAAUACCACCCAGGUGGUAAUGAAUUUCAAAAUGCCUGGAAAGGUUUAUAGGACUGCAAUGUCUUCAUUGGCAACAUCUCACAUGCUUAUUGCCGCUGGAACUGAGGAUGUCCAAGUUCGUCUUUGUGAUAUUGCUUCAGGGGCAUUUGCUCACACAUUAUCUGGUCACCGUGACGGAGUAAUGACUGCAGAAUGGUCUACUUCAAAUGAAUGGGUCUUAGUUACUGGGGGAUGUGAUGGUGCUAUACGAUUUUGGGACAUCAGACGAGCUGGCUGUUUCUUAGUGUUGAAUCAGUCUUCAACGCAACUCGGAAGGCGCCCACCAGUGGUUAAAUGCUCCAAGAUAACUAAGGAUUCAACAUGCAAGUCCUUGGCGGGACACAAUCUGAGUAUAAAAUCACAUGCUGGACAAAGGAAACUUUCUAAUGGGAGUGGUAGCAGGCAGUUGUCAAUAGGUAAAGUUUCUGCCAAGGGACCAAUGAAACAGAGAUUACAUCCAGGGAUGCUGUCUACUCAAGACCGUGCAACUGCUCAUUAUGGUGCCGUGACUGGGUUAAAAGUUACUGAGGAUGGCAUGUAUCUCUUAAGUGCAGGAUCUGAUUCAAGAUUGAGGUUAUGGGAUGUUGAAUCGGGAUGCAACACACUGGUGAACUUUGAAACAGUGCGCCUACAAACAAACAAACCAAUUCAAUUAGCCACCACUCGGGAUUCAACCCUUGUUUUUGUUCCCUGCAUGAGAUCUGUGAAAUCUUUCAACGUGUGGUCAGGGUACACACAUGCAACAUUUCGUGGCCACUAUGAAUGUGUGAAUUCUUGCUGGUUUAGCGAACAAGAUCAGGAGCUAUACACUGGUGGAAAUGAUAAACAAAUUCUUGUCUGGUCACCACCUAGAGUAAUUGCUGAUGAAGCGAAUGAAUUACCAAUGGAGGACCGGGAUAACUGGAGCGACUAAAUGUUUUUAGCAUCAUUCUCCUUUAUUUCCGUAGCAAAAUGGGAUCAUUUCUUUCUUGUGAUUUUCCUCUACAGCUGCCAAAUAUUUUUGGAUGUUUCAAACUAAACUUAGUUUCGGUUGGGGAACAUGUGUAUUUAUCUUUAACACCACCUUAAAACUAUACGGGAGGAGCUCUUUGCAUACGUAGAUAGAUUUACUUGUAUCGUAUUUUCUGUCUCUGUAGGCCCCCCCCCCAAGAAAAAAAAUUCUUGUAAAAGUCACAGCAUAGACGUUUUCUUGUGUUACUUUGCGGUAAAUAAAAUAGUGUGUUUGUAAA